CCUACUACCCCAACUCUCUCUCUCUCCCUCACGUCUUGUCUCUUUUACAGAGGCUUCUUCUUUUGGGAUUUCAGGAGGAUUUGAAGCCACUCACCGUCACCGACUUGGAUCUUUUUCUAAGCCCCUUCGCCCACUUGUCUCUUAACACUGCCGCUCGCUCUCUGCUCACCCAUUUCCGUGCUUCUUUUCUCUAUCUUCCUGUCGGCAUGGGUUGCUUCCAGAGUUAAUAUAUGUAUCGGAUUCUGUUUUGGUUUGCUGAUCGUAUCCGUGAUUGACAUGGAACCCAGAUUCCAACUUGAAAGUUGGGUCCUUUUUCUUCUCGUUCCUUGUCAACUUUAAUCUGGCUUCUUUCAUUUUUCUUUGCUUUGAUAGAUUUGAAUCUGCUUUUCUUUUUGUUUGUCUCUCUCGCUCUCUUUCUUCUUUCCUUCUAUUCCGUAAAUUUCAGUCUAGAGAGGGCGAGCGGCUGACGGGCUUUUCCACAGUUCAUUUCGGGGCUUCAAAUCUAGCAAGGAAAAGGAUUUUUUUUUCUUUAUUUCCUAUCCGAUAUUCGGUAUUGGUGUGACAUUGUAACUGACAUGGCAGAUGUCAGGAACAGUAAUAGAUCGAAACAGGGAAAUAGUGAUAUGCCUCAGACUCAGAGCAAGGAGUGGGAGAGAGGAAAGAAUCCGCUUAGCUUAGAGGGGCGCCAAAGGAUGCCGGUUUUUGAAGAGGCUUCCAUAUCACCUAGGCCUCUUAAGAAGAUACGAAGUCCUGAACGCCAGAACCCAUUUGACUCCUCAAUAACCAACUUCUUACUUUCUUCUUCUUCUUCUUCUUCUUCCUCUCACCCUUCUUCAAGGCUUGUUUUCCCAUUUGCCUUUGAUGGGUCUCAACCUAUAGAGAUGCCCCAACAUUUUGGAGCAACACCUUUGACUCUGUUCCAUCAGCUACCGCCACAGCAGCAGCAGCAGCAGCAGCAAUACCAACAACAGCAUCAACAGAUGAUUUCAUUCGCUCCCCACAACCAAGGAAUGGGUUACCCACCGUUCUUCCUUGGAGAAGGGCAGUCGCCACAGCAGCAACAGCAGCUUCUACAGUAUUGGAGUGACGCGCUCAAUCUCAGCCCUCGAGGCCGAAUGAUGAUGAUGAACAGACUGGGGCAGGACGGUAGGAACCUGUUCAGACCUCCAGCCCCUCCAGCCACCACGACCAAGCUCUACAGAGGAGUAAGACAACGCCAUUGGGGCAAAUGGGUGGCCGAGAUUCGUCUCCCUCGCAAUAGGACUCGCCUCUGGCUGGGCACCUUCGACACUGCAGAAGAUGCUGCUUUGGCCUACGAUCGCGAGGCCUUCAAGUUGAGAGGGGAGAAUGCUCGCCUCAAUUUCCCCGAGCUCUUUCUGGGCAGGGAGGGCGCUGCGACAGCUCCAACUUCAUCCUCUUCAUCUCUACUAACUCCCAAUGAAAACCCUUCCCAACCCCGGCGGUACCAGCAGCAGCGGCAGCAGCCUCAGCCUCAAACAGCUCCACAAGGCCUAAAUUUGAAGGCGGAGCCUGUGGAGACUGAGCCUAUGCCUCUCGACAAUCCCAACGAGGAUGAUCCGGAGAAGCCUAGUUUUCAGGGCACUUCACCUUCCGGGGUGGGAUCGGGAUCGAGUGGUGUAACGGCAAUAAGCGAGGCUCAGGCGCUGACACCUGCUUCUGUAACAGGGGAAGGACUAUCUGGGUCUCCAGAAUUGGCAUGGGGAGAUAUGCCAGAAGCCUGGUUCAAUGCAAUACAAGCUGGCUGGGGUCCUGGUAGCCCUGUUUGGGACGACAUCGACACGACUAACAAUCUAUUUCUGCAAUCCCAUCUUCCAAUUCCUACUUCUCAUCAUCAGGAAUCCCAAGCAGUUGAUUUUCAAAAUCAACUCGACAACCCUUCUUCUUCUUCUUCCUCCUCGUCGUGUCCCAUGAAGAUGUUCUUUUGGAAGGACGGGGACUGACUGUCUGAGUUUAACUCCUCCAGUCAUCAGUUUCUUUUCUAUAUCUCUUGGUACUUAGGAUUUAGGAACAACAUUACAUAGUAGUAGGGCACUCCAGUUUUCACAGGUUGCAGAGAUUUUUUUUUCACUAGGACAGCCCGUGAUUUCUUAGGAGUUCUAUCAGUUUUCUAAAAUAAAAAAUCCAGUUCAUGUUUUGUUUCACCUUCAUUUUUCUGCCACAGCUGCUGCACACGGGCCGGAUAUUUUUUAGUGGGCCUCACAGCAACUCUCCAUGCUAUUUCCCUUUCAUUCUCAUUUCUUCUUUUUUAUUUUCGUCUUCCCAUUCGAAGGAAUCCAGCACAGUAGUAGCCUGAAGUAAUCAAGGUCCUCAUGUUUGGAGUUGUUUGUGUGUGCGUGUGUGUAGGUCACUAGGUUGUCAUUAUGUUACCAAGUGCAUGUAUUGGGUUUUGGGCUGAGAUGCUAUUAGUGAAGAAAUGAUGCAGCGUGGGACCUGAAAGGAGACAGAGGCGGUUUUGUGAUCUCUCUCUCCUCUGCAUGGGUGUAUCAGAACAGAAAUGAUUUGUACAGUAUUGGUUUUUGUCAUCCAUUAAGUUUGUACACUUGAUAAAAUUGAGUCACCUUUUUCUCUCUCUCUCUCUCUCUCUACUAUUCAAAUUAGUGAACAAGAGACAAGAUUAAUGUAUCAAAAUCAAGCUAUCAAUUUGCAUCUCUCUAACUCAAAUAUAAAUGGUGUUGUC